GUUACAGAAGAUACAGCACCAUGAAUCUGCCGACUCCGUGUUUAUAUCUCAGUGGUCUUGAAGACCAAGAAGAACAUUCAUCAUUAAACCUUAUAGCUGGGGAAUCAUCAUCCACGUUCUUUGAUAUCUUAUCAACAGUCUCAAGCGAUCAUUCAUUUCAUGCAUCACUUUUAGCAGAUAUAGAUCUUGAUUUAGAAUGUGAAGAUGAUGAUAAUGAAGAUAGCACAAAAACGUUUGAGAGUGUUAAGACAAUUUACAAUUUUAUUCCUAAAUGCCCAGCUUUAUUGUUUGAAGAAGGCAAGAAACCAGAGGCUACAACAUGUUUAACUACGCAGACUCCAAGAGUUGAUGUCAGAUCCCAUGCUAUCUAUGGGAACAAUGUUUACUUUAGGGUGUCUUUCCCUGAAAAUAAUUUGAAAACAGCUGAACCAAACAAGAGCUGUGUGAAUGUUUCAAAAUUAAUUGCCUGCACAAAAUGUAAUUUUCAGUUUUCUACUCAGAAAGCCUAUAUGCACCACUAUGCAGAUAAACACAUUGCCAAGAAAGAAAAUGUAAUGCAUGUUUGCUCAGUUUGUGCUGAAAGUUUUAAGUAUAAAAAAAGUUUAAUUCAACAUAGUAAAAGCCAUAACUUCAAAAGCGCAACUAAUUCUAACAUUCCAAAUUUAUUUUCUUGUGCGAUGUGUGAGUAUAUUGGCAAAACAAGGAAACUGUUAAAAUAUCACAUGAGAGCAAGGCAUGCAAGCAGCCGUAAGAAGUACAGCUGUGAGAGCUGUAACUUUGUCUGCCUUCAGAAGCGAUCGUUAGUAUUACAUCUUCAGAAACAUGAAGAAGACCCUAAGUUUGCUUGUGAUCAGUGUGGCAAGUUGUUUCACUCAAUGUGUGUACUGAAAAGGCAUGCCCAUACACACAGAAAAAUAAAAUCUUACCCCUGUACUGUGGGCAGGUGUGACAAACAGUUUACAAUUAGAAGUCGAUUAACGGACCACAUUAGAGCUGUUCAUGGUAAAGGUUUAUUGAAACGAGGAGCAGAUGUUUAUAGAAAUUCUCAAGAUAAUGAUAGAGCCCACUGUGAUAUGGUGGAGGUCAGUGAUCAAGUCAGUGUAUCAAAAGUUAAUAGUCAGGUUAAUGGUAGCUUGCAGGAAAUUAAUAAUCAGGUGGAAUCUUUCUUAAAGAAGUUUAAAAAAUUACAAAAUAAUUCUAGCCAAUCAAAAUCUCAUGAUGAUUCUAACCCAUCAGGACCUUAUGAUAAUUCUAGCCCAUCAAGACUUCAAGAUGAUUCUGGUGUUAUAAGACCUCAUGACAACUCAAGAUUAACAUUAUCACAUGAAAAAUCUAGCUCAUCAAGACUUCAAGAUGAUUCUGGUGUUAUAAGACCUCAUGACAACUCAAGAUUAACAUUACCACAUGAAAUUUCUAGCUCAUCAACAUCUCAUGAGAUACCCCUGAAGGAUAUUUUUGUCUAUGAUGUAUUUCUUGAAGAAAAGAAAAUGGACCAAAACUCUCCAAAUGUUACAAAUGUCAAAGAGCAGCUGGAGGGUAAAACAUGUUCACUGCCAGAAAAAACAGUUCUGUCUUCAACACAAGAUCAGGUGGGUCACAAAGAAAGAAAAUGUAGCAAAUUUGUUUGCACAUGGGAAGGUUGCGGCAAAAGUUUUCGAGACAAUUACAACCUUCGUGUCCACACCUUCACACACAGAGGUGACAUGCAGAGGACGUGCCCCUGGUGCAGGUACAGGUGCAUACAGAAAGCUGCACUCGACACUCACAUAAAAACACACAGGAAAUGUUAAUUUCAUUUUGUAUAUUCUUCAUGCAAAUUUAUGCAUUUCUUGGUUGAAAGAGUUGAAUUUUCUUAUGUGCUAUAUUUUCCAUCAUACAACCCCAAGUCAAAUUAUAAAACAAGAACAAUGUCAAAGGUCAUUUGAAACACAGGAAGCUGAGUUUUCUUAUGUACUUUCAUUAUACACAUUAAUUAGUUACAUGAUUAUUAAACUAGUAACUUUCUAAUUCUUUGCAUAUAUUAUUAGGCUUAAAUCGAGAAAGAAUAAAUUUUAUGUCAUUGUCUAGCAAGUAUUUA